AUGUCAGACCUCUCAGCAGAUGAGGAAGAGUUGACGGUGGAACUCAUGAUGAAGUCACGUGUUCAUCAUAUUGAUACAGAAUCUGCUGUCACCUCUGACACACGAGCAAGCCAGGAGGGUUUGGAUGAUGGUAGAAACAUCACCUCCCUGUACCUCCAAAGACAGGAGUCAGAUCUGGAGGGUGACAAGUUCAGGAAAUACAUGCAGAACAAGGACAUAUUCCGGAAUAACAGAAAGAGGCAAAUCUUUAAACAGGCAGAAAAAGAGGGGGUGGAGAAAGUCGACUAUACCCGUUACAGAAAAAGACUCUGCAGUGUAGGAAUACCAACUACUAAAGACGAGAACAUAUGUGGUUGUGGUCGAAGUAUUAACGACAUGUGUCACGGUUCCCACAAAAAAGAGGAAGAAGACCGGGGAACGUGGGAUUUUAGGAAACAUACCAAACUCAGUGUGACAGAUGCGUAUGGCAGGAUAUCUUUUGGUUCGGAGAGAAGAGCAAAGUACGUGAGGUUAGACUCAGAUACUCCGGUAUCUGACAUAUUUGAACUACUCACACAAGUCUACAGUCUACAGACCCCAGGCGUGAUAUUGUCGGUGGUUGGAUCGCUAAUGGGGUUUACUGUGUCACCUAAAAUUGAGAAGAUCAUACAGCGUGGCAUGAUAAAGGCUGCAAUAACAACUAAUGGUUGGAUCACUACUGCUGGUUUCAAUGCUGGUCACGUGAUAUCAGUAGGAGAUGCUCUGAGAGCGCACAAUCAUAGUGUACCGUGUAUAGGGUUCCCGUCGUGGGGGUGUUUGCCGGAUAAUGUGCAGGAGACACUGGUUGUGAAGGAGCAGUCUGUCAAGAGGGAUGUUUAUCAGUGCAGAUAUCCUAAACUUGAGAUAGAACCAGGUUCAUCAAGAGAGAACCUGAACGGUGACCACUCUCACUUCAUCAUCAGUGACACAGGGGCUGUGACGGACUGGGGUAGCGAGAGUUUUAUGAGGACACAACUGGAAGCUUAUCUUAAAAAUGUCAUGCACAUUCCAGUGGUACAGGUGGUUAUCCAAGGUGGACUGGGCGUGGCCCGACAUUUACACGAGGCCGUCAAAUCAGGGACCACGUCAGUCAUUGUGUACGGUUCCGGAGGUGUUUGCGAUUUGCUGGUGGAUCUUAUCCGGCAUCACGACUCUUUGGAAAAUCUGCCGGACAAGCAGCUACAUAACUUCAGUAGAAAGCUCCAGAACAAAACAAAGCUGCGCCGAAACAGCACGGUAUCACCCGAGGAAUCUGAAACGAGCUGCACGUGCUCAGCUAGGGACGGUGUGUCCUUUUCCUGUCCUGAGGUUGUGGGCUUGAUGAUAAACGCGGGCUUGACGAAAGAGGCAAGACAAAAUCCAAGUUUUAAACUCCGAAUAAAAGAGAUGGUAACAACAUAUAGGGACUUCCUAAUUCUCUUCGAUAUGGAGGAUGAACAUUACGAUGGGCUUGAUACGGCGUUACUGGAGGCUCUUGUCAAAGCACAGACCAAACUAUCCCAGAACAUGUCAGAUGAAGCAACGAAUGCAGGUAAUAUCCAGUUAUCAGGCGUUCAGGUGGCACUUGGCUGGAACAGACCCGACUUUGCUGAGAAACUUCUAAAUUCGGAUUCCGCGAGCAAAGAUGAGAAAGCACUGGGCUCCAUCCUCAUGCAUGCUCUUGCGUGGAACCUAUACGACUUCACGGAGCUGUUGCUAGCACACGGAGCGAGUGUACCCAUGGUGGCAGCUAACAUGAUCCUCUUAUACGGCAGUACCAACAACGUAGACCAUCUCAAACGUUACGCCAGGUACCACUUGGGAAGUUCACAACAAAGCGAGGUUAGCCUGAACGAUAAAAGAACAGUGGAUAGAAUGAUAGACAGACUCAGUGGAACACAGUACAGCUUCAACUCUAACGUUUCAAAUGAGAGUGAUCCCUACUUCGAGCUGAUGGUAUGGGCAGCUCUCUCUCUCUACCCGGAAAUAGCAGAGCUGAUGUGGAGCAACACUCAGGAACCUAUUAAAGGGGCGCUUUUUGUUCUGAUGAUUUUACGGAAACUGCAGAAAUCUAAGAAGGUCAUAAUAACAAACCACGAAAAGGAAACAAUCCAAUUCAUGAGGAAAAGAUUCGAACGUUUGGCGAUUGACAUCAUGGAUCUACUCCAUCAAAACUGUGACCUCUUACUCCGGGAAAAGGCAAUCAAAAGUGGUUGGGAAAGGUUAAACGCCAUGACUUACAUUGAUAUGGCUUACGUGUGUAAAGCUAAAGAUUUUGUAGCUCACCCAGCAUGCCAAGAGCUCCAAGACAAGAGAUGGAAGAGAGGACUCACUUCGGAGGUUGGAUUCUUCACGACUAUUUUGGUGUUUCUAUGUCCCUUCCUAGUGAUGAGUCCUCUUGUAACGAUUAAACUGAAGUGGACAGAAACAGAAAAUUACGGUGUCCUCAUUAAAUUUACUAGGAAAUUCAAGGCAUUCUGCACGAGUCCAAGUGUAAAGUUCUGGAUGGAGGUAGCAAUGUACGUUCUAUUUAUCACAUACCAAUCCUACGUCAUCCUGGCUAAAGUGGGUAGACAAGGUGACAUGUGCACUUUCAAUACCGAGAAAGUCAUCCACUUCGUUUGGUUCGCUAUGCUUCUCAUCGACGAGUUCAUUCAGGCAGUGAAUGCUGGACACUUUUUUGGAUGGUUCCACGUUAUCUGGAACAAGAUAGAUGCAAUGAUGUACAUGGUUAACACACUGGGACUCAUUUUAGUUAACAUUCCUGCAAAAUCAAACGGAGACGCAGACAUUGACUCUUGCAAGAUUGAUGACAACAGCUAUGACAUUGGAAGAGUGCUGCUGUCAGUAUCAUCUAUAAUGUUUGUACUAAGACUGAUUCACAUGUUCAUAUCUGACAAGUAUCUGGGACCUACUGUGUUGAUGAUCAAUAAAAUGAUGAAAGAUUUUAGGGUUUUCUUAACGAUGUUCUUUAUGGUGCUCAUAGCAUUUGGAGUAGGAUAUGCGGUAGUGCUGACUGAACCAGAAGAUUUUACAAAGGAGCAAACCCCAACUAUGAUAGGCGGCAUAUUCUUUUACACCUUCUUUCAGAUGUACGGAGAGUUAUUCGUUGAUGAUCUGGGUUCUAAUUCUGCAGAAGGAUCAACAUAUUUCCCGACCAAAUCCGCGUCCGACACAGACGAGAGUUCACGAAGCUCACUCCGCAGAGGCGUGGUGAUAGCACUAGUAGGCAUUUACAUGGCCAUUGUGGUCCUGAUGCUGGUCAACAUCCUUAUUGCUAUGUUCUCGGAUACUUACAGUAAGAUCAAACAGAGACAGGAAGUCAUCUUCAAGUUUCAGAGGCUGGAACUUCUUAUGGAAAUGGAGAAUAGUUACCUACCUCCACCUUUCUCGAUCAUUCACAUUAUUGUGGGACACAUCGUGGACAAGAAGCAAGCAAAACGUGACCAGAGCAACCGUCACGCGCAUGAUCAGGACAACAAGUGGUUUGACACUGUCAUACGCUCCGCUAUUAUAGACUGCCUAGAGGACUACCUUAAAAUCAAGCGACAAAAGGAGGGAUCAGAAGUACAGACGCUUUUACAAAACAACACGCGGUAUCUCAAGGAAAGGGUUAAACAACUCCAAGUUUACAUGGAGAACAUGAACUUCAACAUGCAGAGUGGCUUCGUAGAAUUACGAAAUUUUAUAGGCACUGAGUAGAAGACCAGGUCAAGAAGAGUACCCGUAGCAUCGUAGCUCUUUGCUGAUGGAACCAAUUUUUAACGUCGAACUCUAAAUUUAGUCAGAAUUGAUUUCUUUAAGCUAAAGAUGAUGAACGAAUUUUACCAAUGAACAAAACAGAAUGGGAUCACAAUUCGGACAGUAUCUUGCGCAAGUUAUAUUUUAGACGUUAUUGUACCAUAAUUAUUUUCACAGGUUUAAUUUUGUAGCUAUUUCAGAGUAAACAUUGUAUAUAUUUUUUCAGCUGUUCUAUUGUUUUUGUAAUGUGUUGACAGAUUAAGCUAUCUAACUUUUUAGAAGGUAUCGUACUAUUAUUUUAAUUUUCACUAUAAUUACAGAU